AUGGAAGAGAUAGAGCUACAUAUUAUUAAAAAUGAAAUAAUUAAAAUUGGGGAUAAGUUAAUAGAUAGUGAUGAUAUCUUUAAUUUGUGUAAAAGAAUACAAAGAAGUAGAACAGCACAAUGUAUUGACAAAAUUUUAGAAUGUAUUUUUUACAUGCCAGUAAAGAUUGGAAUAUAUGCAACUAUACUAGGAAUAAUAACAAAAGAUAAUGAAAAAUUAAGAUUACAAUUGUUCUUAAAAUUGAAUCAUAAUAUUGAAGUGUUUAUAAAAGAUAACCCAUUACAUUGUUUACUAUGGAUUAGAUGUAUAAUUGGCUUAAGCUGUUGUCAUGUGUUAGAAUUUGCACAUUGUAUGAAAUUAUUUAAGAAUUUAUACGAAUUAUGUAUUGAAUUAUAUAAAGAAAAAAAGUUUAUAAAGGGAGAUAACAUUUUGUAUAUAUUUUUAAGUAAUUUCUUUUACAUAUCGAAACAGAUAUAUGAUGAAAAUAAGGAGAAUUUAGAUAACAUGUUAACCAAUUGUUUCGACUUGAUUGAAAAAAGACAAGAACAUAUUGAUAAUAUAGAUAUAGACAAUAAUGAUAUAUCAACCAUUGAAUAUAUAUAUAUAUAUAUUAACAGUAUUAUACAUAGUGAUAAUUUUUAUGAUAGAUUAUUUUAUUUAAAAAAUGCUUUAUACAGUUAUGUACAGAAUAAUUUAAAAAGUGUAGCAACGCAUAGAUUUUAUCAGAAGGAAAUAUUUCAAAAAAUAUUUUUAAAUGAGGAAAAUGUAGAAGAUGGUUUAUUAAAUGAUGAAAAUGGAUCUACCCUUCCCAGAAUUAUUCACCUUGAUAAUGGAGAAGAUGAUAACAUGUUGGAAUUUUCAUCCCAUGGGGAUCCAAAUAAUAUUUCUCAUAAUGAGAUAAACAACAGUAACCAGGAUAAGAGUAGCGGAACAUUAUUACAUAGUUCUAGGAAGAAAGAAAUAAAUCUUCAAAUGGCAAUUGAAAAAUGUGUGAAUGCAGAAUAUUUUGAAAAUUAUGAAUGUGCUGAAUGUAUACCUAGUUUGCAAAUUAAAUUUAAGACCAAACACGCAAAUAAGAAAAAUAUGCAUGAUGUAUGGUUAAUGCAAGAGCAUGUUUUACAUAUUAUAGAAUUGUACAGAAACAGUGUUGAAUUUAGUUCUAAAGUAUUAGGUGUAUAUGUUCAGUUACAAAGUAAAUUAUAUAAUAAUGUAUUAAUUGAAUGUAUUGUUAAUAAAUUAUUGUCUUCUUUUAACAAGAAGCACUACUAUUUUUACAUAUCCCUGAUUCAUAGACUAUUAUUAAUAAAUAAAAAUUUGGGAAGUGUAAUCAUCAGAUGCAUUAAAUUUGUUAUAAAGCAAAUUGGAAAAUUGGAUAAUGAAUCCUUUUAUCUCUUCAUGGAAUUGUGCCUUUAUAUGCUAUCCUACUUUACUUAUGAAAACAAGGUUCUGAAGAGUAAAGAAAACUUUUUUAAAAGAAAAUAUAAUGACAUGAACAAAAUUUUAAAAGUGCAAGAGGAGGAGAACAAGCACAAGUUGAACAUAGAACAGGUACCCUCAAAAGAGGGUGAAGAAGACCCUGAUGAAAAUAAAAAAAAAAGAAAGAGGGACGAGGUGGAAGAAAGAGAACAGUUAAGUGUACAUCCAAGUGAGAAGACAAAUGGGGAAUCAGAUGAGGAGGAACCAAAGGAACAAGUUAACGGCAGUGAAAAUCUUCCACACAGCACAACAAAUGUAAAAAGAAAGCAAGUCAUUCUGAAAAAAAAUGAAAACACAUUGAACGCUAUGAAAAGCUUAGAAUGCAAAAUGCCAGUGUGCAUUGAACUAGACGUGAAGUAUAGCUCUGAUGAAGAAGAAGAAGAAUGCAACGAAGGAGAAGACAAGGGAGGAAAAGAAGAAAAUGAUGAAAAUGGUGAAAAUGGGGAGAACGAGGAAGAAGAAAGUGACGAGGAUGAGGAUGCUGAUGCUUAUGCUGCAGAAAAUAACGAAAUUGAUAGCAGCAAAAAUAAUUUCGAUUUUGAGAGUUUUAAGGAAGAAUUGGAAAAACUAGAUAUGGGAGAAAACUUAAGAAAGUUUACCAAUUUAAUGUAUAGUGUGAAAAAGAAAUAUUGUCGAAAAUGGAUAAGAAAUUUUUAUUUUAAAUCUUGUUCAUUGAUAUAUAAAAAUGAGUUAGAGAAUUUAAUUCCUAAGUCUGUUAUUACAUAUUGCAACAGUUUUAAAUGUGCUGUAGAUAAUCAACAUGAAAGAUUUCAUGAAUAUGCCAUAUUUAAUUUCAUUUUAAAAUAUUCCCUUGAUGAGAUUAACAACAUAGAAGAUCAAUUUUAUGAUAUGAGUAGAGAAGACGAGUAUAAUAACGAUGUUGAACAGAAGGCUUUAAACAAAUUUAAAGAUUCCAUUAAUUCAUUCAUUCAAAGUUUUUUUAAUUACCUAAACGGAAAAAUGCAACUGAAUAAGGUUCCACAUUUUUUUGAAAACGUAGAAAAAAAUAUCCAACAAGUGGAGAAUAUUUCAAGUGCCAAUUUGGAUGGAGCUUUUUUUGUGAAUUAUAUUUUUCCAAACGAUUUUACUUCCAAUACAGAAUAUUGGAAUAGUUAUAGCAUUUUAAUUCUCUUUUUUAAGGCUCUCCUAUUUUUUGAUUCAUCAAAUGUUUCAUCCUUGAAAAAAAUAUUCAGAAAUCAUGCAAUUAUAUUUUUGAAUUACAAAAAUUCGGAUGCACUUCCAUCAGAGGAGGAAAAGCUUCAGUUCGAUAUGGAAAUUCUAUCAAUUGUAUAUGCCCAUUUUAACAACUCUAUUAUGCUGAACGCACUUGUGGCCAUUUUGCUUGAAAAUGACAUCGUGGAUGAGUUAUCUGUCAUGCACUUUAUUUUCAGCAAGUUGGAUCAGGCCAACUUAGAUGAAUAUUAUGUGACAAGGCUUAUAUAUGAAUGUAUUGACAACUUAAUCAUAAGGAAGGAAUGGCACGAAAUGGAAAAGAAUAAACUGAAGAGAAAACAAACGAAAAGUGAAAGCGAAAUGUUAAUAAAAGAAUUAGAAGGUAAAAAAAAUGAAACAAUACAAAAGGUUUUUCAUUUGACAAAUAAGAUACUUUUUAUGCUAAGUAACAAAAUGAUGAAAUUAAAGAAUGAAAAUAACGCUUAUAUGAGUAAAGAGUUAUUAAAAGAAUUAUUAGUAUUUUUAAGAACAUAUGUUGAGUACAUAGACGCUGAUCAAUUUUUGCAGCUGUGUCAGGAAAAUAAUUUUGCAUCAGAAUUGAUGGAGCUAGCGACUAUUUUUAAAUAUGUUAGUUUAAAAAAGGAACGGUGA